UACGGGGGCGAGCGGGCGUUGCACCUCGCGACCCGCCAACGCGCACGCGUGACUAAUUUAAAAAUAAAACUUAUAUUCGCUGCUGUACAUCCUGUGCUCCUUGACUAAUUCGUCUCGAAACUUACUCCAAAUAACUUACAUCUAUCACAGUUUAAUUCUAAACUUACUUUUUGGCGAAACGAAAAAGUUUUGGUUCGCAUUCCUUUCCAAGUGUGCUAACUUGUGCUGAUUAUUUUUUCAUGUCUUCAUAAAAAAAGAAAAAGAAGUUUUUAACACGAUGCAACAAACUCUGCCCACUGUGUAAAUAUUUGAAAACCGAACAUACUUAGAUAAAUAAACAAACCAUUUUAGUGCACACGUGUACCUACAAGUUAUGGAUGUGUAUCCGAAUAACUAAAUCAUAAAAAAGUAAAAAUGGAUUGGCGCGAAAAACUGUUUGGGAAGGUGCUAGUCAAGUGUGAAUCGGGAACUCAGAAUGGUAAAUUCGAGAAUGUAUCAACAUUAGAAGCUUUGUCUGACUGUGUGGAGGAGGGUGAGGGAGCCGUGUGCGGAAUUUACUUUUCUUUCGCGAAUAUCAGUGAUACAAGUGACGAUUUCGGAGUGCGUUUGGAGGAGGUCUACAAACGUGUGCAUCCUCGAUUGAAGGUCGUGCAGGUGGUGUUGUGGGCUCAUGUUGGCACCCCUGAGGGUCUUGCGGAACGGGAGGCGGGAUUCCGUCGUAGUUUGACCGGCAAGUCGUGGUUUGCUGUGCCCUUCCAUGAUGUCGAUACAAAGCGCCGUCUCACUCAGAAGUACAGCAUCGCAGUGGGAGUACCGACCCUGGUGAUCCGUGGCCGCCACGUGAGGGAUGCUCUGCUGGAUGAUACACUGGGGGAGAAGUUCCCCUGGCCCCCUCCACCACUCACGGAAGUCCUGAGAGGAGUGGAGCUCCAGGGAGACGGGGAGAGUCGCCUCUAUGAACAGCUGCCUGCUGAUGCUGUCAGGGUUUUCUAUUUUGCAGCCCAUUGGUGUCCACCAUGCCGGUCGUUCUCCCCGAGCCUGUGCGCGGCGCUGGCAGCAGUACGCAAGCGACGUACCAAGUACGCCAACACGCAACUCAUACUCGUCUCCAGUGACAGGAGCGAACAAUCCUACAACCGCACCGUGCAAUCAGUUUCCUCAGUGGGAGCCCUCUCAGUGCCCUGGUCAGCCACAGAUGCCCGACUGACCAUGCCAGCAGCUCUGGGCGUCGCUGGUAUACCCGCCCUUGUCAUCACGGAUGCUUCUGGCAAGAUCCUCACUGCUAAUGGAAGACAACAUCUAUCUGCUGAUCCACUUGGCUUUAACUUUCCGUGGGCGCAGCGACCAGUCUCGGUGCUGACAGAGCAGGCGUUGUUAAAAAUGGCACGACACCCCGCUGUAGUGCUGUUUAUAGAUGACGAAGACUCAGAAAUAGAAUUCGCGGAAUCCGUGAUCACACCUUCAGCGGAAUCAUACUACGAAGAGUGCAGCAUACAGUUUCCAGGGUUCUGUCCGUACCAGAACUCCUCUGAUGAUGAGACCAUGGACUUUGACUAUCCGACGUCCAGACACUCCCGGCUCAAGAAAAAGCCGUUCAAACAUGUUAUGUUCUACAUUGGUAUCGAUGGGACCGAUAGCGCAGACAUGUUAAGAGAGCAUAUAGGUCUCGACGAUGCAGUUCCACUUCUCACGUCCAUAGACUUUCCUAAACAGCGCAUGGUCACCAUGAAGUAUGGUGACGAAAUUACCACAGACUCCGUACAGAAUUUUGUCGAUGCUUAUUUGAGCGGGAACGCUGAUUUCAAGCCUUUGAAGCCGUAUACUGAAAAGUGUUAGAUUUUUGAUGAAAUGCAAAAUACCUUUAAGUAGGUGCCUUUACUUUAAUUUUUCACCAUGUGGCUACUAUCGAGCUAAAGUCCUCGGGUUCGAUUCUCGGUUUAAGCCAAGUACUGUAAAGGAUUUUCAUUUUCCAAAAUUCUUAGUUAUAGAACUGAGAAUUAUUAUUGUGCUUAGUGUAUGGCAAUAGGCCCUAUUGGUUUACAGCAUAGGACUUGUAACAAAUGAGAUCUGACUAUCCCUUUGUUGAAUAAAAGGCGUGAUGUUAUAUUAGUUUGAAAUUAGACUAUUUGUUAUUUCAGUAUUAUUUUUAUAGUUCUCAUUUAGAAAUUGCAAUAUUGUUUUCUGUAGAACCAAUAGCGAUUUGAAAUUAUUUACUACUAGACUGCUAGUAAGUAAACCUGGGUCAGCUUGUUAGUCUCGACAUUAAUAACGACAGAAAAUGAUCGCUAAAUCGUAAACGUGUCGAGACUACCGUACCUGGAUAAAAAUAAUGGGGUCUACCAUGUUUAUGCUCACCAGCGCUAGUAUGAACUUCUCGUACUAUUUCCAAUAGGAAAUUACCUAGCGCCAUGUCAUUGGGCCUUUAAUAUUUGACAACUGCUAUGAUUGGACAAAAAAUCCCUUAAAACAUGUGCGCCAUCUGGUGACCAAAAAUACGGUAGCCCCCAUUAUGCAUAAUGUGUAUAUUUAAUCGUGACGACGAAUGUUUAAGGAACUAACAACAUUAAAACUAUGGCAACACUCAAUGAAAGUACGUUGAAUGUCAUGAAGUCUUUUUUGUGAAUAAAUAUUUGUUAAAAUGUUAGAUACUAGAUUGGAUUUAAGUCAAUAAAACUUAGAAGAAGUUUAUAAAACACUAGCGACCCGCCCCGGCUUCGCACGGGUGCAAUAUGUAUAUACAUACAAACCUUCCUUAAGAAUCACUCUAU